AACAUUAAUCUUCUUCGAAAAUAGAUAACAAUGAAAAUGAUGCCUGAUACAGAUAAAAUUAUAAAAUAAAUACUCGCGUUACUUGUAGAACGUUGGAUUAAUUUUAAUAUAUUGUCACAAUGCAGAAGUCCCUGUUGUGUUUGUUAAUUAUCGUUUACACCGCAGUUGCGGUUCCGAUAUCCUCGGAGUACUCUGAGGACCGCACAUACCCUCGAUACAUCGAGUUCCCCGAUGGCGAGGGUAUCAUGCACACCGUGGAUCUCGAGGCUGAGCCUGACAUGGAACUCCUUGCAGAAAUUGAGAGGAACCCCGCCAACAACAAGUACCUUUUAUACACCAGACGUAACCAGAGAAUUUCCCAAACUUUGGUGAUGGACAAUGCCAACUCUAUUACCAACUCGAACUUCAACGCUCGAGUCCCAACAGUGAUUGUCGCUCACGGCUGGCUCAGCAACCAAUACACUGACAUCAACCCCACAAUCAGGGACGCUUACUUGAAGAAGAGUGACGUCAAUGUCAUUGUUUUGGACUGGAGAAGGUUGGCGUUAGCUGACUAUGCCACAGCAGCCAGAGGUGUACCCGCAGUCGGUCGUGGUCUUGGGCAGUUCUUGGCUUUCCUGAACAGAGUCACUGGUCAGGCUUACUCUCAAAUGCACCUUGUCGGCUUCAGCUUGGGCGCUCACCUUGUCGGUAACGCUGGUCGUGAACUUGGAGGAAGAGUCGCUCGUGUGACAGCUUUGGACCCUGCUGGUCCUCUAUGGAACUACAACUCCAACCGCGUCAAGCCCAAUGAUGGUGUCUACGUCGAGGCUAUCCACACUGAUGGUGGUUACACCGUCGGAGGUCUGGGAAUCGGUACCAAUGUCGCCGACGCUGACUUCUACCCCAACGGUGGUAUCUCCCAGCCUGGUUGCUAUACCAACCUCUGCAACCACAACCGUGCCUGGGAAUUCUUUGCCGCUACUGUCACCUACAACCACUUGGUUGGACGUCGGUGCACUACCCAGACUCAGCUGACUUGGAACAACUGCCGUGGUACUGAACUACGUAUGGGCAACGACGACUUAAGGAAAUCAGGAUCUGGAAUGUACCGCUUGGACACUCGCAGAAGAUACCCUUACUAAUUUGACGAAGCUAUUCAUUUACGAUCGUUAUGUUUAAAUUAUUGUUAAGUAUUAAAAAGAUAUUAAAACAAUAAACAAUUCGGCCUACUGAGUAUUCUUAA